AAAAGCUCGAUUACAUUGUCCUGUACUGAAGCCUAUCUCUUCUCCAAUUAGCAUCACAAGUCAGUCAGUGUGAAGAAAAUCGAACCAAAUGGAAGUGGGAAUGUCAUUGAACGCGCUUGUUCGGCUUCCUCUGUCGAGUUCAACCUCAAGGCUCCACGAUGACCCGUCGUUGAAACACUCUCUGUUUUCUAGCCGGAGACUUCAGAGCCUCCGGUCUCAGCGGCGGCGCCACCACCUUCUGGUAGUGGAAGCAAAGGGGAAGAAAGGAAUGAUGUCUCGUCAAUAUCAGCGCCCUCCUCCUCCUCCCUUACCCAAAAUUGAGGAAGAUGGAAACCCUAAAUUCGUCCUCUUCAUUCGCAUGGCCAAUGUUUAUCUUUGGUACCCUCUUAGUAUUGUAACUGGUGGCACCACUGCUAAAAUCAUGGUUGCAGCAAAAGACAAUUUUCUUGGCAAAUAUAUCUAUAAAGACACACUUGCUAGAAAUCUUGCUGCUGUCAUCUACCAAGAUGAGAAGGAGGUACAGAAAUCUGCAUUCAAGCAGUAUCGUGUACUGCGGUCAGCUACUGAUUUCAGAUACGGCUACAAAUUAAUUGAGAAUGGCAAUGUAAGAGGCGCGCUGUCUACCACAGAUGUUAUUGAGCUUCCAACACAAGAUAAACUGAAAACAGUACUUGAUAAUGUGAAAGACUUUUUUGGAGAUGCAAAGGAGUCCUUUGGAAAGAUAACAACAUCCUUAGGCGCUACAGCAUCUGAGGAGUCGGAGGAAGAUUCAAAAGAAACCAAGGUCAAAGGAUGAAACUAUAGCUGGAAAGGAUUUGCUUGAAUUUUUACGAGUAAGACUGGUGCUGUAUGAGCUCAGAAAGCUUCAUGCAGUUUGUGGAUUGGUUAAUGGGGAAGCUUCUGUGCACAACAAUACCACUUCGGGUUUUGUGCUUAUAUCUCUUGCCAUCGACAUCAUUUUAUGCUCUGCUGAGUGAAACUGAACACCACAUGUAUAAUGUUGAUCAUGAUCACUCAUGUAUGUUAUAUAGUAUGUGGCCAUGUAGGAUGACCAUGUAAUGGUUUUGAUUAUCAGUUCAAAAAGAAUCUUGGGGCUGUUGUACAAAUUACGGAUUAAUGUUCAUGCAUUUUGUUCUA